AUGGAUACCUCCUCCUCCUUCCCUCCCGACUCCGACCUCGACUUCAGCUUCACCUCAGUCUCCACCGACGCCACCACCUCCACCUCCUCCGCUCGCACAAGCCUCAGCCUCUCCGACUUUCAACCUCUCUCUUCCUCCUCCUCCCAUACCCGCCCCCUCCCCCUCCCCCACCGCUCCUCCGACCCGGCAUGGGCUCCCAUCCAGACCCUGAGCCCCUUGAGCCCUCCCCUCUCUUUCUCUAACCUCCACAUUGUUCGCCACCUCGGCUCUGGUGAUUCCGGUCGUGUUUACCAGUGCAGGCUCGAGGGAUUUGAUUAUGCGCUCAAGGUAGUCGACAGAGACGCGCCUUCGGUUAAGGAGAAGGCGAGAGCUAAGGGAGGAGGCGGCGGCGGCGGCUGGGAAGAGGCGGAGGUGUUGGGGGAGCUGGAUCAUCCAUUUCUGCCAACUUUGUAUGGUCGGAUUGAGGCCGGGAGGCAUUCGUGCGUGCUGAUCGAUUACUGUCCAGGCGGGGAUCUCCACAGGCUCCGGGCCAGACAGCCGGGCGGUCGGUUCGGGAUCAAUGCUGUGAGAUUCUAUGCAGCUGAAGUACUUGUGGCCUUGGAGUACCUCCAUGCAUUAGGUAUCGUGUAUCGUGAUCUGAAGCCGGAAAAUGUCCUCUUAAGAGAAAACGGCCAUAUCAUGCUCUCCGACUUCGACCUCAGCUUCAAAUCCAAUGUCACCCCGAAGCUCCAUUUCCGGACAAAUUCCGGCGGAACAAACUUAGAGGAUUUCACCCCGGCUUGUUGCUUCUCACACCCCCAGUCAUCCAUCGACUGGCUCCCACAAUUCAUGGCCGAGCCUGAAGGGGCCCACUCCAGGUCGUAUGUCGGGACCCACGAGUACUUGGCGCCGGAAAUUAUCUCCGGCGAAGGUCAUGGUGCCGGUGUCGAUUGGUGGGCCCUGGGGGUAUUCAUAUAUGAGCUUUUAUAUGGCCGUACCCCCUUUAAGGGGCCCACCAAGAAGGCCACACUGAAAAACAUUUUAUCGAAGCCGCUGAGGUGGCCGGAAUCAGGCGAAGAUCACGUUUCCGGUGAGAUUUUGGCUGUGAUGGACCUUAUAAAAAGAUUAUUGACCAAAGAUCCUAGAAGAAGACUGGGAUUUGAGAAGGGUGCUUGUGAAAUUAAGGAACAUCCAUUUUUCAGGUCAAUUCGAUGGCCUUUGAUUCGAUCGAUUCCGCCGCCUCGGGUGCAUCUGCUUCGGCCGCACAGGACAGCGUCGGCGCCUGCCGGAAAUUCGAUGAGGAUGGCCGGAAAACUCACUGGAAAACGGAGAUCCUGGUCGGGUAGUAAUUUGUUGGGGUCUCAUUCUUUAAGGAGAGCUAGCCUCUUUUCUAAGUGGUUCUCAUGGUGGUGA